GUACUAAAAAAAAAAAAAUCAAUGUUAUUGUUCUACCAUUUUAUUUUCAUUUAUUUUCGUUCGAUUUGGAAAUUACUAAACUUUAAAGGUUUAUAUCAAGAAAAAAACCUGUCCCGUAUGGGUUUUUAUAGUUUUCCUGACAUCCUCAGUGCAAAAUUGCUUAUCUAAACUAUCUAAACAUCGUGAAAGGUAUCCUAGUAAAAAUGUCAAUUUCUAUUCUACUACUACCAGAAGAAGUUUUAAUAUUGUUAAUCAAAAAGUUAGAUACGGUUUCACAGUAUAAUUUAUAUAAUACAUGCACAUAUAUCAGAGAUAUUAUUGGCAGACAUAUUGUGGUGAAAAAAUGUCGGCUGUCUUUGAACACUCUGGCUACUGUACAGUCAUUGAAACUGAAUUUCUUCAAGGAUAUAUCAUACCAUUUACAAGAACUUAAUAUGUGUGGUGUUCCUGAUUUACGUAAGGUGCAUUUAUUACCAGUUAUGAACAAAUUGAAAAACCUUAAAACUCUGGAUAUUUCAUACACAUUUCUUACGGUUCCUGAUUUUGUUGAGAUUCACAAACUGUGCCCUACUAUUAGAAAUAUCACAAUGAAUUUCAUGCUUAGCAAAACUGACAUAUCAAUAGAAACAACAGCAAUAGUGGAGAUGCAAGAGUGCUUCAAACAAAUGGAAAAUGUGCAUUUUGUUGGUGCAGCAUACAAUUUGUUAUAUUCAAAACUAUCCAUUCUUAUUUUAAACAAUUCUAUAUUAAAUAAUUUGACAUAUUCAAUUUCACAGAGAGAUAUUCUUACGUACCAUUUAGAAGAGAAUAUCUCUUGGGAACCAAAAAUUAAGUUUAAACUAUUCCGAGUGUAUCUUUUGGAUUGGGAUAAAACAUUCACAUUGUGUUCUAGUUUUUCAAUUUUUAAAUUGUUUAAUUUUGGGAAGUAUGAAGUAUUAAUUAUUAUUGCAAAUACUAAUACUCUGUUUAUGCAUUCUGUUGUUGCUACACCUUUGUUAAAACAGUUUAUCAGUGAUAAUUUUAUGUGUAAUAUUGAGAGUUUUAUAAGAUUACACGAUUUAUCUGGAAAUGCUGUCAUAAUGAUGUGGGAAAAAGAAUCUGUUAAAUUUGAUAGUGAAUUUUAUUCACACCUAAAGAAACAGUUGGAAGAUUACUUUGUUUAUAAAUGUGAUGCACAUUCUAUGACUCCAUUACCAGAGAACUGCAAAUGGAUUUAUACAAGACCCACAAUGCCAGUUGUCACUGACAAAGAGUCCAAUUGUAAAGUGGGCAUGUUAAAAAGAAAACGAAAGGCACCCCAGAGUAUUGUAUUGGACUAUGAUAAAGUGUUUCAGCAUAAAGAAAAAUUGCAAUUAAAGAUUGAUUUUGUACAAUUACUUAAAAGUCCAGUAACAUUAUCAGCUAAUUGUGAUUAUUUAAAGAAAUUAACAUUUUUAAGUUUGUCAGGUUUAGCUUGUUUCAGUGUGGAAUUUUUCAAUAUUUUAUUCAGAUGUUGUGACAAUCUCAUCACUUUGGAUGCUGUUAUUCGAUCUGAACUGUUGGGUGGAUCACCCUUAUCAAGAUCUAUAGCAUUGAGUAAGAGUUUGAAAAAUGUAAGACUGGUUGAUAGGAAAUUUGAUUUUAAAUCAUUGUUUUUAUACUUAAGUCAAUGCAAGACAUUAGAAAAUAUUCAUUUGCAGAUAACUUCCUCUGUUAUACCUAAUGAUUUGCCAGAUCCUAGUAUUAUAAUUAAAAACUGUAACAACUUGUACAGCUUUAGCAUCAAAAUGUCAACUUUAGAUACUUGUGUAAUAAAAAAAUCAACAAUGUAUUAUAAAGUUAAAAAUCAAUUUGGGAAACACUAUUUGAAUAUAGAGCUUUACCCAGACCGAUUUAAAAAAUUUAGUUAUUAUCCAUAUAUAGAUGUAUUCAACAUUUAUCCAAUUAAACCAAAUUAAUUUUAUUUAAUAUUUGUUAUUGUUGUUUAACAUUUGUGGCAUAUUAAUUAAGAUUUUGCAUGAUUAUGAUGAUAAGAUACUCUUGAUUUAUGGUGUAUAAGAGAUGGGAAUUUUAGUAAAAUUUUAUAAUUAUUUAUAACAUGUUGCAAAGGAGAAUGUAAAAAUUUGAGUCUGAUCGGUACUAAUAUUUAAAAUUUCUAUCGAAACUGCCUGUAAAUGUUGUUGAAUAUGUUAAAUACACUAGUUAUCUCGUUUAUGCAAUAUGAUUACCAAUUUUCCCGUUACACCAAUCGAUUUUUGGAUAAAAAUCUGUUAUUUCAUAACUUGGGUGUCAUAAUUUUUAUUACGUCUAUAGGAGUAUUUUUGUGAUAAAUAUAGUAUCUUCUACCUUUAUAUUUAUUAUAUUUUACAGUAAUUAUUUAAGAUAUAUUUUAAUGUAGCAAUAAAAUACGAAAUAAUACAGAGUCAAUAUUAUAUUGUAGGUUUACAUGAAAAUGUUAAUCUUGUAAAAGACAAUGAUAUAAUGCCUAAAACUGCACUGCCACCACAAGCAAAUGUCAGCACACCUCUGUAGUACUGCGGGCAAGCUGCUACUUCAUCACAUUUGCUGAAAAUAAUAUAUUUUUUAAUUAGAAAAUAUAUUAUUGAUUAAAGGUAGUUUGAUGAAUUUAUUAAGUUUAUUACAACUACUAGUACUCGAUUAGUAAUACUGAUAUGACGCCCAUGAUAGAGCGCCGUUGUAAGUUUAUUAAAUUCACGUAACCAAUGAAUACAUAUGACUAUUUCUAAAAAGUGGAGAAACUGAAAAGGGACAAUAUACAUGACAUGGAUAUUUUUAUGUAUUUUAGCAAACUGUAUUACUACAUAAGUAAUGUAUCAAAAGUUCAUAGUAAAUAUAAUCUUCCAAGUAGAAGCAUGAAUUGUAUUAUCGUAUAUUUAGUACUAAUAUAAUUCAAAAAUUCGAAUUGCAUUAAAAAAAACUGUUUCUGUAAAUGAUUCUCUGUUGUAAAAUGCAUUUGCGUCAUAUUGCAAAUAAAACCAGGAAUUGUACGAUUUAACACGAUCGGUUGAUAGAGCUUAGAAGUACUUUGAUAAACAACAAACAUUUGCAAUAGCUGAAAAUUGCAGGACAUUGUUGUCGAAUAUCAUUUUUGACAUGUUUUGUAUUACUUAAAAAAAAAUUAGCGUGCAAACGUCUACAGUUGUUUCUGUAGUUUAGAAACUAUAAUUACUUACUAUUAUGAAUUAGUUUUGUCUUUUGCCACUUGAUCGCAAAUGACGCUGUUUGUCUAAUAAAAAAAAAAAAAAAAACAGCUAGUGAUUAGUAAACAGUCCUUUUUAUGUAAUACUAUUUUAUUAAUAAUCAACAAUCGCUCAUGUAUUGUUAGACGCACGCAUGCAUUCUAGAAGUUAGAAAACCGAUGAAAUAAAUAACUUCUAGGGUGUGUAUCAAGAUAAAACAUAUAUCAGUUUUUAAGUUAGACCUCCAGAAAUACAACUGUGAAAGCCACACCUAAUUUGGUACAGCAAUUUUUGUGUGAUACCGAAAAAACAUACAGACAGACAAUAUUUCUAAUUGUUUUUGCUUUUAUUGCUCUUCCCCUCAUAUUUUUUUAAAUAUUAUUUCUCAUAUAUAGACAUCGUCUAGUUACAAUUUUAUUAGUAAAAUUACUAUCAACUGAAUACAAUCAAUAUGAUUAACUAGGACCCUACCAUUCGUGUAGCAAAUUGUACGUUCAUAGCACGUAGACUUGUAUGUGAACUUUGUAUUUGCUCUGGUUUGCACUUAGUCCUCAAAAUAUGAGAAGUAUUUUUGUUACAAUUCUUAAAAGGACACCUCUGUGACAAAUUAUUACUUUUGAUUUUUGAAAAUUCUGAUAACCGUAUACCUAAAACUAAUAUUAAUAUAUACAAAUUCUGUGUCACAAAGUUUGUUAACGCUAAUAGCCGCUCACCGUUUAACCGAAUUUAAUGAAAUUUUCAAAAUUUGUGUUUUUUUUACUUCAGCUUAAAACAGAAUAAUUUUUAUCCCCAUAAUUGGCGCUGUUGUCUAGAUAUAUAUUUCAACAAAUAUUUAGUGCAGGAAAGUUUAUAUAUUUAUUAGCUGAUUUUGUAUCCCAUCUAGCUUUUACGCUUAGUACUUAAAUAUUGUCCCUUAUUGUGUUCCCAAACUUGUUGUACAGUUGCUGUCUUAAAAUGGUCUAUGAUCUCAGUAUGGUGCUAACUAAAUAUGUAUAUAGAUUUAUAAUCUAUUUAAUUUUUUUAACUUAGACUUAAUUUAUGUAUAUGUACUAUAAUUGGAGAUAGUAAUGCAAAAAAUAGACAUUUUUGUGAACAGUCUAGGUAAUAUGUUUUUUACAUAACUGGCUCCGAUUAAGAUCUCUCAUAUUAGUUUAGGAUAAUUUUAUAAUCAUGUUUUUGUUGUGUAUUUUCGCUCGUAUGAACUAGCUUAGUUCAUAUUGUUUUACAAUGAAUACUAGGCAUUAUAAUAUUACAAGUACCAGCUUGUUAUGAAUACUUAUGUUUUUGGUUUUAAAUUUUGUUUCCUUUAAUACUUUGUAAUAUAUCUAAUGUAAUAUUUGCUACGUUGGUUAUUUCUUAGUGUUAAUCGCUUCGUGGUUAAGAAAUAUGGUAUCUAGUGUAAUAAUAAUUUUUUGUCAAGACUGAUCUUAGGAGUACCUAAAUUUGAGAUGUAUAGUAAUGGUGGUGGGUCCCCAUUAAAAUAGUUUGAUGAUUGCACAUUCUAAUGCUGACAAAACUUAACACUAAUUGAAGAACUGAUAGUCCUGCUGUUAAUUUUAGUAUGUUUGAUUCAUACGUGGUUUCUAUGGAAUGGAUUUUGUAAUAUAAUAGUCUUGUCUAUGAUUACUAAUAAAUAUCUUUGUCUAUUUUUAUUCUAUCUUUUGUCUAUGAUUACUAGUAAAUAUGCCUCUAGCAAAAAACAAUCUGAAUCUGAAAAUUGGCAAAUAAAGUGAUAAACGAAUCUAUGUGGGUAUGUGUUAGUGGGAAACGAAUGAUACGUUAUUGCAACUGCGUGUAAGAACUAAAACGAGAUUAUUUUUUCAUAUGUAAGCCCUAUUGAAGAUGUUUCAUCAAUGUAUUGUAUUAUAAUAUAUUAUAUUUACCUUUUGUCUAUGGGACUGGUUACUAAAAAAAUUAAAUAAUAGACAAUAA